AAUAGUUUCAGACCUCCUCUUAAUCUUUAUCUCCACUUUCAGUUACAGACCGCUCUGCAAUUUCCCAAUUCUCUCUCUCACUUGAAAUCCAACCUAAGCUCUUUCCCUUGUUCCAAUGGAGGUAGGUCGAGCUCUUGACAGUUCUUCUGCAACUCCAGCAAAAUCCACGAACCCCAGUUCAAUUUCGAAGGUCAGGGUGAUCGCUCGGGUGCGCCCUUUUCUUCCCCAAGAGAUCCCUACCGGUAACAGAGAUCCGACGCCGUGCGCUUCCGUUAUCGAACAAGAAUCCGAGUCUGCCACCGAGGAAGUGGUUGUUCACCUCAAAGAUAAAGUGACAAGCCGAAACGAGUGCUAUCGGUUAGACUCCUUCUUUGCCCAAGAGGAUAACAAUGUUGGCCGGAUCUUCAGUAGAGAAGUUUGCCCCUUGAUUCCGGGACUCUUUCUUGGCUGCAAUGCGACGGUGUUCGCCUACGGAGCUACUGGAAGUGGAAAGACUUACACUAUACAGGGCACGGAUGAGAUGCCGGGUCUAAUGGAGCUGUCCAUGUCCAAAAUCCUGUCUAUGUGCCAGAGCACAGGAAGCUCAGUUGAGCUUUCAUACUACGAGGUCUAUAUGGACCGGUGUUAUGACCUGUUAGAGAUCAAGGCCAAGGAAAUUACGGUUUUGGAUGACAAAGAUGGGCAGGUUCAUCUUAAGGGGCUGUCUCGGUUCCCUGUAAAGUCCAUGUUUGAGUUUUAUGAGGCCUUUUCUUGUGGGAUUCAGAGGCGGAAAACCGCCCAUACGGGUCUCAAUGAUGUCUCUAGUAGGAGCCAUGGUGUCCUUGUGAUUGCCGUUUCAACUCCUCUUGAUGAUGGUUCUGGGGAUGCUGUUACUGGGAAGUUGAAUCUCAUAGAUUUAGCCGGCAAUGAAGAUAAUAGAAGAACUUGCAACGAAGGGACCCGUCUCCAAGAGAGUGCGAAGAUUAACCAGUCCUUGUUUGCAUUAUCAAAUGUCAUUUAUGCACUGAACAACAACUUAUCCCGAGUGCCCUAUAGAGAGAGUAAAUUGACUCGUAUUUUACAAGACUCACUAGGUGGGAUGAGUCAGGCUUUGAUGAUUACUUGCUUGAAUCCAGGAGAGUACCAGGAGUCUGUUCAUACUGUCAGCUUGGCAGCUCGGUCACGCCACAUUACCAACUUUGUUCCUUCAGCUCACAAGCAAGAAACCCCGAAGGUUAAAGUUGACAUGGAAGCCAAACUCUGUACUUGGCUUGAAUCUAGAGGAAAGACAAGGAGUGCGCGAAGAAUUGAAGCAUUCAAUUCUCCCUUGUUGGGGAAAACUCCAAGUUCUUCUAUUGCUAAUGUCAAGAAACCCAACAUCAACCUCAGUUCUAUGAAAUCCAAGGUGAAUACAAACAGAAGCGCCUGCUCUGUGAAAGAAAGGACAAUCAAAAGGCCUAUCAGGAACAUAUUCGACAACGAAAGUCUAGUUGAUUCCAAUUUGGAGAGCCUGCAAUUCGCCGCUAAGGAUAAUAAACAAGUGGGCAAGGCUGGAGCAGGUGGAUCCAUUUUUGAAUCAAAUACAAGUUUACCUGGUGAGCCAUCAAACCAGGAGGAAAACUCUGCAAACGACUCAUCAACCAUCAGUGGGAAGAAAAACACACCACAAAGUUCCUUGAGAAAAGCUCUCUCCCCGGUCAACACCAAUAUAAAUCAAAAUCCCCUCAGUGAACCCAUGUUCACAAAUGGAGAUUGCACCCUACUCUUUGAUCCAAAGACUCCAAAAACUCCCUCUUUAGCGACCUGCCCGAAAAACAUGUUCCAAAGGACAGGCACCCCACUUGAUAAAUUCACUGCUUGCGGAUCAAACUUGAAGAAGUUCCUACUUCAAGAUUAUAUUGACUUCUUGAACACAGCCAACAGGGAAGAGCUGCUGGAGUUAAAGGGAAUAGGAGUCAAAAUGGCUGAAUACAUACUCGAGCUCAGAGAAACGAGCCCCUUAAAAUCGCUGAACGAUUUGGAGAAAAUAGGCCUCUCAACUAAGCAGAUUGUCAACCUGUUUAACAAAGCAGCGAUAGGGGUACUUGAUAAGGAAAUAAAGGCAGUACCCAGCUGCUCAGAUAUUUCACAGGUCAAGCAAGUGUGAAUUUGGAUAGAGGUGUCUGGCCACGUCAACUCUAAAACCUUCUGUAUUUUAGUUUUUAAUCUAUCCAACCUCAAGUUGGUCAAACCCCGCGUGAGAUUGUACGUGUCAUCGUAAAAGACUGAAAAGACCCUGUUUGUGUUGAUUUGUAAACUAGUAACGAAGAUUACUCAUGAUUUCAAAUGAAUUCCAUCUAUUUGUUGUUACAAUCUUGAACUGAAUGAAAUUUACAAAGCCUUAUUGCCGAGUCAUUGAUACGGCAUGCCACUUAUGCCUCACACACGGAGAUGUUACACUACUAUGACAUCCAAAGAUGUUAACACUAAUAUAAGGUGUCAUGGUGGCACUUUUUCGACCAACAUGUGAUGUGCCCAAAAGCUACUCCAACCAUAAAAAUAUCUCCCGUCCAAAGCGUAACGUGAACCACAACCAUACAAUAAACAUCAGAGCGAGGGCGAGUUUUCAACAAAAAAUUGUGGUUGAACCACAACCAUAUAAUAAACAUUGGAUGGGUGAGUUUUGAAAAAAUGUAAAAGGUCUUGAAUACGAUAUUUUGAGCCGUUAAAUUUGCUUAACAAUGAUCACAAACAUAACAAAAUUUCAAGCCUCUAUUUCGGACCGGUAAAUAACUGUAGCUUAUCACUAAUUAUUUAUUUUUAUUUUUUAUUUUUUUUCUUUUUACUGUGGAACGAUAAAUAACUCCACCAAAUUCUCCGAUAAUCGUUAGAUGUUUGACAAAUUCUUAACGGUUAAAACAUCAAAAUAUCUUAUACUCCAAAUUUCUCCAGAACAUCAUAGAAAUUUUAGUCGUUGGACUUGUUGCACUCCUUUUCCUUGUCAAUCAACCCAAAAAUUAAAGUAAAAGAUGGAGCAAGUUUUUCAUUAAUUUCAUCAGAAACACAUAAUAUGAUCCAACAAGUUAACACAACAUAUAAAUAUAAAUACUACUACUUCAUGUACAAAGCAAA